CGUCCGGGGCGUUAAGUCCCGCCCAUGUUGACUGUUGCUGCUGCUCUGUCUCAGCGGUAACGCUUGAGCACUUCACACAAAACAAAAGCACAAUUUCUCAAGAAUGACCUCUAACCCUGUUGACCCAUAUAUCUUCACUUCUGACACACUGCCUUCCGACCCCCGCUUCAUGCCACCACUCACCAAUGGGCUGCUGGGUUGGAGAGUGUUUGACAGAAUUAUGCAUAUGGGCGGGGUUUAUAAUGGUGAGGGCGGGGCCUGUCACCGUGCUGACAUUCCAUGUCCACUGGCUGUACAAAUGAAGCCAGACAAAGUAGGACGUCAUAUGUACAAGUUAGACAUGCGUAAAGGUAUAUUCUCUCACACUGUGGUCACUCUUCACGCUAAAGCUUCUCAGGUUUUGUACACUCACCGGCAGCAUUCGAACCUUCUGGUCAUGGAGGUUCACCUUCAGCGUUUGGAGCCCAGUGCACCACCAAUCACAGUUCACUUGGACAGUUCUUUCAACCCUCAGAGUGAUGACAUCACUUUCCGAAAAGCACCUGACUAUAAGGAAGGGAGGCAUAUUUUUGGACAGACCAACUCUUCAGAAGUUCCUGGAGGAAUCCGCCCAUUUGUGCACAUGAUCUGGACGCCUGUUUCAACUUCUGUAUCGCUCCCGUCCGACCAGAGCCAAUGCAGCUGGGUUUUUCUGGUCGCUGUUGCUGAGACCAGCGAGAGCGCCCAAUCAUAUUACAAUACUGGUUUGGUGCUUAUUGCUACUGGUGACUUAUGCCCCUCCCACCUGAGAAGUUGGACGGAGCUGUGGUUGGGGAGCAGCGUAGAGGUAGUGGGCCCUGAAACCUUGAACCGUGCUUUGAUUGGCUCCAUGUUUUAUCUUCUUAGUGCAUUCCCAUCUUUAGAUGAAUCAGCCAAGCCGUUUGGGGGAGUCAGUCCUGGGGGUUUGUCAAAUGGGGGCAAAGAUGAAGAUUACCUUGGACACGUGUUUUGGGACCAGGACACGUGGAUGUAUCCUGGUAUUUCUCUCUUUUAUCCCAAACUGGCCAAGGCUGUUCUGCAAUACCGUAUACGAACAAUAGAGGGCGCACAUUCAAAUGCCCAACAGAUGGGCUAUAAGGGGUUGAAGUUUGCAUGGGAAAGUGCGGUAACGGGUCGUGACGUUUGUCCAGAUGACCUCAUCGUCCAGCAAGAAAUCCACAUCAAUGGAGAUGUGAUUAUGGCUUUCAAACAAUACUUUUAUCUCACACAGGACCUGGAGAUGUUCAAGGUGGGCCGCGGAAGCGAGGUGGUAUGGGGGGUUGCCGACUACUGGGUUUCAAGGGUAACCUGGGACCCCGCCAAUGACGAGUACCAUAUUAAAGCUACAGAAAAUGCCAGCUUUUUCAGAUAUUGUUAUACAAGCCGUGUGAGGUUUUGUUUCUAUAUUGUUCAUCCAAAAGGGGUUAUACCGCCGGAUGAGUACUACACCAAUGUUGACAACUCAGUGUUUACAAAUGCUGUCGCCAAGUGCAGUCUCCGGUUUGCUUUGGAGUUGGCCAGUCAUUUAUCGCACACUCCUCCUCCUGAAUGGCAGGACAUUGCUGAUAAGAUCAAAAUACCCUUUGACCCGGAACUGAAGUAUCAUCCAGAGUUUGAUGGCUACACACAGGGAACUAAUGUCAAGCAGGCAGACACAGUGUUGCUCGGAUACCCUUUGGGCAUGUCCACGACCCCAGAGGUCAGACAGAAUGAUCUGGAAAUAUACGAGGCUGUCACAGAUCCGCUUGGACCAGCCAUGACCUGGGGCAUGUUUGCAGUUGGUUGGCUUGAACUUGGUGAGGCUGAAAAAGCACAAGAGCUUCUGCAAAAAUGUUUCAAAAAUAUCCAGAAGCCAUUUCAGGUAUGGAGUGAGUCAGCUGAUGGCUCUGGUUGUGUAAACUUCCUCACUGGUAUGGGCGGCUUUCUUCAAGCAGUGCUCUUCGGCUAUACUGGUUUCAGAGUGCAGAAGGAGUGCCUUGCAUUCGCUCCAUUGCUACCACAGGAAGUUGAUGCACUCAGUGUAAAAGGUGUGUGUUACCUUGGCAACAAGAUGGAUUGGUUGGUUAAGAGUACAGAAGUGACUGUGACAGUGAGGAAGCCUGCGGAAGGUUCUGGGAAUAAGGAACCAGAUGCUCUUACAGUUGUCCUGAAUACAGGAACCACAAUCCCCCUGAAGCCAGGACAGUCAGUGACGUUUUCACGUCAACCUGGUCAGAUCCGAAAACGGAUUUCCAGAUCCUACUGCUGGCCUCUCUGAUGAUCCACAAACCGUCCAAGACUCUUCCUCUGUGUGCUUAGUUUGCCUAAUUGAUUUUUAUCCAAAGUUAAAAAAAUUAUAAUCAUUUGAUUUUUUUAUUAAUACUUGAAUGAAACAUUUUGUUAUUUAUAUCGUUUUACAUGUUUGUAUUGAUUCACAUUACGUUAUACACUACAAUCUUUGGACUGUAUAAAUGCCAAAUGCAUUAUUAUAAUAAAUAACUAUA